CUCCGCUUCCUCUGUCCAUCCCGGAAGCGCUAUUCCUUCUUUCCUCCUCCUCUUAUCCGGGACCAGCUGUCUUUGGCUGGGCUGCUUGUUUGCCUCCGACUUGGUAGUCGCUGCUAUGGGAGGCAAAAACAAGCAGCGAACGAAAGGCAACGUGCGGCCCUCUAGCAGUGGCAGAGCAGCAGAUCUUCUUGCCAAGGAACGAGGAACUGUUCCUGGAUUCAUUGGUUUUGGUACUUCUUCAAGUGACCUAGGAUAUGUUCCUGCAAUUCAAGGAGCUGAAGAAAUAGACAGCCUUGUAGAUGCUGAUUUUCGAAUGGUGCUGAGAAAACUUUCCAAAAGAGAUGUCAUAACCAAAUUAAAAGCUAUGCAAGAAUUUGGCACAAUGUGUAAAGAGAGAGAAACGGAGAUUGUUAAAGGAGUUCUACCUUAUUGGCCUAGAAUUUAUUGUAAAAUUUCUAUUGACCAUGAUCGCCGGGUCAGAGAAGCAACACAGCAAGCUUUUGAGCAGCUUAUUUUGAAAGUUAAAAAACAUUUGGCUCCUCAUUUAAGAAGUCUUAUGGGAUAUUGGCUGAUAGCUCAGUGUGAUACUUAUUCUCCUGCAGCAUCUGCAGCUAAAGUGGCAUUUGAGAAAGCUUUUCCACCAGGCAAGCAGCCUGAAGCAUUAAUUUUUUGUAAAGAUGAAAUUCUGAUGGUACUACAAGAUCAUCUUUUGAAAGAAACACCCGAUACACUAAGUGACCCACAAACUGUGCCAGAGGAAGAAAGGGAGGCAAAAUUCUAUCGAAUUCUCACCUGUUCUUUGUUAGCUUUAAAGAAAUUGCUUGGUAUGUUACCCAGUGAUGAGAAUAGUUCAUUGGAGGAGAAACUUAAGCUUCUAUUAACUCAAAACAAAUUUUGGAAAUAUGGGAAGCACAAUGCACCGCAGGUUCGAUCCGCUUUUUUUGAGCUGAUUUCUGCUUUUUGCCAGCAUAUUCCUGAGUCAAUGAAAGGUGAAGCAUCAAGAGUUUGCCCAGCAGUUCUUCUUGACAUUGAUGACAGUGAUGCCACUGUAUGCCCUGCUCUUUGGGAAGCUGUGCUUCAUGUCCUUACUACCAUUGAGGAUUGUUGGAGUCAUGUGAAUGCAAAAAAGGGAGUUCUGCCAAAACUGUGGACAGUUCUUCAAGAAGGAGGACGAGGUCUUGCUACAGUUAUAUAUCCUAAUAUCUUGCCAUUCAUUAGCAAGGUACCUCCUGGUAUUACAGAACCAAAGCUGGACUAUUGUAGAACAUUUUUCUGCUCCGUAAUUAAAGGGUUGUUGACUGAAAGAGCUAUGGCUAGCCGCUCAGAAUGUUCAGCAAUCAUAUCAGCUUUUAUGGAAUGUUUACAAUUUACAGUACUACAGAGUAUAGGUGAAGAAGAAGAAGAAAUUAAAAUUCAGGAAAUGCUUAUAAAUGACCAGUUAGUUCCUCUCAUCGACACAGUCAUGAAAGAGUCGAGGUUACAAAAUGGACCUUUGUUUUUUGAGGUAGCAGACGUUUUAUGUUUUUGGAAAACACGAGCAGAGAUUUCAGGUGGUGAUGGAACAGCUCUCACUUUCCAGAGAAUAUUGUCAAAUUUUUGGGAUGGCCUUUCAAAUGUAUGUGUGGGGCAUACUGAUGUAAUAGAUGCAAAUGAGAAAUCUUUGGCUGCUGUGUCCUCUUUGCUACAAGUCCUUCAAAACCCAGAAAACAAAAUGAAACCAAACAAAAGAAAAGCCGUGAAGAUCAGAUUUGCUGAAGAUGCUGAAGCUGAAAGCAACAGUGAACAUGAGAAUUGUGUUAUGAGAAGUAUAAAUGAUCCUGGCACUCUUAUUCAUGGACAGCAUCUACAGAAGGAGCCUUUAGAAGAUUUAGUUUGUAAACUUGCAGAACUGAGUAUUGUGUACACCAAUGAACAAAGGUCUGACCGACACUUAAAGUUCCUCUCUGCUCUGCUCAGUAACUUUGCUUCUAGUAGAGUUUUCCAGGUGCUUUUGCAGGAUAGGACCAAUAUUCAGGAAGUUGCAAAGCUUCACAAUGAGAAUCCUUCCAUCCAGUUUCUGUACACAAAUCUAAUUGAUUGGCUAAAAGAAGACUGGAGAAAAGAGACUGAUUUCUUGGUGGAUAUUUUGUAUAGCGUCCUCCAUUGCUGCAGCAGUGCCACAGAGAGAGAAGAUAUUCUAAAUGAUUUAACAAAGAUGGAUCUGAAGUGGAAUAUACUUCUUGAGAUAAUUGAAAAGGCAUGUUCAAGCUCAGAGAAACAUUCCUUAUGUUCUACUUGGCUGAAAGGAGAUGUAUUAGGGGAGAAGCUUGUAACUCUGGCUGAUGAUUUGUGCAACACAAGUUUGAAAACUACAGUAGCUUCAGCAGAAUCUUUUCAUUCAGAGAGAUGGACUCUGCUAAGCUUGGUGUUAUCUCAACUUAUUAAAAAUGAGUCCUUGAUUGGUGAAAUUUAUGUUAAGAGGAUUAUUGAUAAACUUCAAGCAGCUCUGUCUAAAGCAAAGGAUCUUUCAGAAGCUGGAAAUACAGAAACAUCAGUGUCUUUCAUCUGUGACAUAGCCUCUAACUUUUUCAGCUCAGUUAAAGGAUGCUUGUUGAUGCCAUCAUCGGAAGAUUUGUUGCUCACCAUUUUCCAGUUGUGUGCACAAAGCCAGGAUACAACACAUUUGUCAGAUUUCCUUGUAAAUAAGCUGAAGCACACGUGGCUGUGUGGCUUAAAUUCUCUUGUGCAUCAUCUUAGUGAUAUGCAUAAAGACAGCACUUUCCUGCAGAGAUCUGCAUUGUGGGUCAAGAACCAACUUCAGUCUUCAACACUGGAUGUUAAAAGUUUGCAGGUUUUGAUUUCAGCAGUUAAUGACUUGUUGACUAAACUGUUAGAAGCUGAUGAAGUUUCUACUUAUGUUCUGCAAGAUUAUAUUCAGUGGCUCACUCCAAGUGGGUCUGAAUGGGAUAAGAUGCGGGAAUCUCUAUCCAAUGAGUGGUUAAAGAAACCACUUUUGGAAGGAAGACUGAGUAUGAAUUGUGAAAUAUCUGGAACAGAUCGGAAGCUUUGUGGCAUGGGAAAACUUCCAAGCCACCUGUGUACUGCAGCUCUAUUAAGUAGAAUGGCACUAUUGAUACUGGAAAAAGGAUUAGUGUUUGAAAACCAUGAAGAGGAAGCAAGCAAAACUGAAAAUAUCAUUGCAGAACAACUGUAUGCCUUACAGUGGAUUGAAGAAUUAGCAAACCCAUCUUGCCUUCUUCUUGAAUUCCUUCACCACUCCCAAGUAAUGAAUAUUUCAUGUGAAAAAUUAUGUACCCUCAGUAAUAUUACCUGCCUCUUACAAAUAUUAUUCAAUAGAUCAAAAGAGAAUGGACGACUUUGGGCCUUAACUAUGGCUAAAUUGAUACAUUCUGAAAAUAUUGCAUCCUCUGAAGUAAAAGCACUUUUCAGUACUACAGAAAGGUUUUUUCCAUUAAUGGAAGGCAACUUGCACACCCUUCAGAAUUUGUCUCCAUUUUUACUUCAGGAAGACAAGGAAGAGCUUGUCCUUCAAUGUACUGCUAAACUAAUGACAUGCAAUGAAACUGAACUCUACAAUACUGAUGGCGCUUUUGGAUAUCUUGCCAUUUUAAAUUCCUGCUUGAAUUGUGGAAGCAUUGAUUAUGCAGAAUUAAUGCCCGGAAUAUUAAAAAUCAUCAUAUCCUGGCGAAAUGAAUAUGAGGACAGCUUUCUUUUCAGCUGCAAUCUGCAGGAAGGAAACCCACAGGUGCUUGGUUUCAACAUAGAAAUUAUCCGAUUUGUUUCUUUGUUGCUGAAUGAACCUUCCUCUUUGCUGGAGAGCGAAUGGGAUUUUAUCAUGUGUUCCAUGCUGGCCUGGUUAGAGACAACCAGUGAAAGCCAGGCAGUCUUUCCUUUUGCGCUAGUGCAAGUGUUUGCCUGUGUCAGUUGUGACUUGAGCACUGCCUUGAGUGCUUACUUCCAGGCAGCAACUCCUGAAAUCACUGAAAAACUUCCAGUAAACCUCAUGACUGAGUGGCAGGAGUUCUGUUCUGAAGGCAUUCAUAGUUUACUUUUACCUUUACUGGUAAAAAUUACAAGAAAAGAAAAAGAUGCGCUGGAAACAUCAUUUCAGAACUUCAUGUUGAAAUCCUUGGGGAAAGCGUUAAUGUAUAUAUCAAAGGAUCAGUUAUUGAACCACAAACUUCCUGCAAAAUUUGUUGCUGGCCAGAAGACAAACCUUCCUGAUAAACUACAGACCUUGUUAAAUACGUUUUCUCCACUACUGCUCUUCAGAGCUAGACCUGUUCAAAUUACAGUAUAUCAUAUGUUAAAUAAGUUAAUGUCUGACUUACCUCAAUUUGACAAUGAGGAUCUUAAAUCAUAUGGUGAUGAAGAUGAGGAACUAUCAUUGUCUCCACCAGCAGGUCUUAUGACUCUUCUUGCUACUCAAGAAGAGUUACUAGAAAACAUCCUAGAAUGCAUUCCAGUUGGAGAAUUUACAGUUAUCCAGCCCCUAAGUGAUGAGUUUUGCCUUGUUUUAGGGUACCUUCUCAUCUGGAAAUUAAUACUAACUUUCUUCAAGGCAGCAUCUUCUCAGCUGCGAGCACUUUAUUCACAAUACCUCCGAAGAACUAAGAGUUUGAAUAAACUGUUAUAUCACCUGUUCAGGCUUAUGCCAGAAAACCCAACCUUUCCAGGAUCAACAGCUGAACUUCCAAAUAAGGAUGCAAAAACAUUCUUUACUGAAGAGCUUGAUUUAGACAUCAAAGAUACACCAGCACUGUCAUCCCACAUCCCACAUUUGGCUUGCUCUGUUUACUGUAUGACGUUAAAAGAUUUACCAGCCAUGGUUCGCCUUUGGUGGAAUAGCUGUGAGAAACGAGUCUUCAACAUUGUAGAUAAAUUUACAACAAAAUAUGUCAGCAGUGUACUUUCUUCCCAAGAAAUAUCUUCAGUGCAGACCAGUACACAGUUGUUUAAUGGAAUGAUGGUAAAAGCUCGAUCUGCUACUCGAGAAGUCAUUGCUACCUACUCAGUUGAUGACAUAUUCAUUGAAUUGAUUAUACAGCUUCCCCCAAAUUACCCCCUGGGGUCCAUAAUUGUUGAGAGUGGAAAGAGAGUUGGUGUAGCAGUUCAGCAAUGGCGCAAUUGGAUGCUACAGCUGAGCACAUAUCUCACUCAUCAGAAUGGAAGUAUUAUGGAAGGUUUAGCAUUGUGGAAAAACAAUGUGGAUAAACGUUUUGAGGGUGUUGAAGACUGUAUGAUUUGUUUCUCAGUCAUCCAUGGCUCUAACUACUCUCUUCCCAAAAAGGCUUGCAGAACAUGCAAGAAAAAGUUCCAUUCAGCCUGUUUGUACAAAUGGUUUACAUCUAGUAACAAGUCUACCUGUCCGCUUUGUCGAGAGACCUUCUUCUGAAAUACCUUCUCUGCUUCAAUGAGCCUCUCAAGGAAAAUGAAGACACCAAUCAAACCUGGAUUUAGUGUGAAAAGCCAAUUUUACCUUUACAAAUAAAAAUCUUGUUUGAUCAGUGUAACAUACAAAA